UCGCGCUCUGCAGCUCUGUGACGUUAGCCAACACACACGCACACACACACACAAUCGCCUCUGCUCCGCUGUACAUCUCUCUCUCUCUAUCUCUCGCUCGCUCUCGAGAAGACAAGUGGCUCCAAAACCGCUGUGUGCCACAGUAUAAAAGUUUGACCUCGUUUGAGACUUUGAACGUUCACAAAUCGGCCGAUAACACAGCAUAAAUCCAAUAUAUUUAUAUAUAUAUGCCAUACACACACACACAUAUAAAAAAACGUGCCAUAAAGUGUGUCGAAUUAAUAACUUUUAGCAAAAAAUAAUCAACGCAGCAACAAAAUGUUUGCCAUAAACAAACGUGUUUGAGAACAAACAAAGAAAAGCACAAAUAAACAAGGGAAAAACAAUCAACAAAAAGCAGUUGAAAAGCUGCUAAAAAAAAUUAGAUUAAAUUUUUAACGACAACAGCUUAAAAAAAAACGGCCUCAAAAUUGCCGAAUUAAUAAAUCAACCCACGAAGCUGAACAACAACAAUUUUGGCGGUGGCGUCACAAUGCGCGAGAAAAAAGGCGGCGCCCUGCAGAAGCUCAAAAAGAGGCUAUCGCACAGCUUUGGCAGAUUAACUAUUUCCCGCGAGGAUGGUGACGAUUCCACACAUCAUCAUCACCAUCAUCAUAAUCAUCAUCGCGGCGGUGGCGCCCAUCAUAAUCACGGUAAUAAAGUUCCAUUCAAUGGUUACAAUUCGGAAGAGUAUCUGGAUCGACUGGAACCAAAUGGCAAUAUACCCGCUGACAAAACAAAUUGCAGAUAUGGCGCACAAGAAUCUGCGAAAAAUGAUAAUAAUAAACCACAAGACUGGCGCAGCACGGACAGCACCGACCAUCACGAUCGUGUACAGCGACAAUUGUCGGUAUCGUCGGACAGCAAGCUGCUGGAUGAGGACAUCAGGGAGGAGAUGAAGUAUCACUCGCAUGUCGUCAUGCGACCCAAGAAGCCGCCCAGACCCAAGUCCGAGGUGUUUCUCAACAAACAGGAUCCACUUCCGCGACGAAAACGUUUCAGUGCAUUUGGUGGCGAUUCACCAUUUGGCAAGCAGGAGGCCUAUGUUAAACUGGAACCGCUCGGUGAAGGCUCCUAUGCGACAGUCUACAAAGGAUUUAGCAAAUUAACCUACCAGCGUGUUGCACUGAAGGAGAUCCGACUGCAGGAGGAGGAGGGCGCCCCAUUCACGGCCAUACGGGAGGCGUCGCUGCUAAAAGAACUGAAACACAGCAACAUUGUGACCCUGCACGACAUCGUGCACACCCGCGAGACGCUGACCUUUGUCUUUGAAUAUGUGAAUACCGAUCUAUCGCAAUAUAUGGAGAAGCAUCCGGGUGGCCUGGACCAUCGCAAUGUGCGUCUGUUCCUUUUCCAGCUCCUGCGCGGUCUCUCCUACUGCCACAAGCGUCGCGUCCUCCAUCGCGAUGUUAAGCCACAGAAUCUGCUAAUCAGCGACUGUGGCGAACUGAAGCUUGCCGAUUUUGGUCUGGCCCGUGCCAAGAGCGUGCCCAGCCACACGUAUUCACAUGAAGUGGUUACGUUAUGGUACCGUCCACCAGACGUACUGCUGGGCAGCACAGAGUACUCCACCUCGCUGGACAUGUGGGGCGUUGGCUGUAUAUUUGUGGAGAUGGUGACUGGUAUGCCAACAUUCCCGGGCAUACGUGAUACAUACGAUCAGCUGGAUAAGAUAUUCAAAUUGCUGGGCACGCCCACCGAGGAUACGUGGCAGGGCGUCACACAUUUCCCAGGCUACAAACCGCACAAGUUGGGUUUCUAUCGACCACGGAAACUGGGUCACAAUUUUCCACGGCUGUACGACAUUAUCGAGGGCGAGACGAUAGCGAACGCGUUCCUGCAGCUCAAUCCCGAGCAGCGCAUCGGCGCCGAGGAGGCACUGCAGCAUCCCUACUUUGCGCAAUUGCCAAAGAAACUCUACGAAUUGCCAGACGAAACCUCAAUUUUCACCGUGGAAGGCGUGCAGCUGCAUACGGAACCGAAUCGACAGAAUAAAUGAAAAUUAAAGCAGGUCCUCUCAGUGGAUGGCGUACGUUUCUAUUGUUAGACCAAUAUACGAUCUACAACAAAUAUCAGCCCAACAACAACCCAGCUACACCCAGCAACUAAACAACCCACAAAACAACCCAGCAAACAACUCAGCAACAAAUAACAACAACAACAACAAUAACAACUACAACAACUACAAUCGGCAGCCAUAAUGAAGAGUGUACGAAAAAUAACAAGUUUUCUACCAUAAUUUGUCAAAUUCUUGCUUCGAUUUCAGAUUGUAAAUUUUAGUGGGCGUGCGAGAGGAGUGUGAAGCGGAAAAUGGGGGAGGGGGGCGGCGGCAACAGCGGCAGCAUUUCAGUCAAAUUCGUGCCUGGGCAUUAGUUAGUUUAGUUAUUUAAGCUAUCAACGUCGACUUCUUAGCGCCUUCCACAAUAAGGAUACUCAGUUUAGUCAAAUAUUGUUUUGCGCAACAGGAGCACAGGAGUUUAUUUUUUUUUUGUAAAUUUAUACUAGAGCUAUUUUUUCUGCAAGAAAACGUUUUUGUGCAAGUAUUGUGUUUUCAUUUCUCUAGGUUUUUGAUUAAGCAAAAAGCAAAUAUUCUAGAUUUUUCUGUUGUGCUGUCUGUGUAUACAAAAUGAAAAAAUCCAAUUAUUCCUUGUGUUUGUUUUUCGUUUCUAAAAAAAAAAAAACAUAUAUAGUGCUGUGUUUGCUUCUACAGGGACAUGUUUAAUAGGGUUUCUCAAAAGUAAAGUUACAAAAUUGAAAUUAA